AUGGACGCCGUGUACACCGCAGUACAACCUCCAAUUCAUGGCCUAGACUCAUCAGCCCUCAGCGGCAUUAUGGGAUGCAUUUCCAUCGCCUGCUGGAUCAUUGUUUUCACGCCCCAGAUUUAUGAGAAUUUCAAACGACAAUCGUCAGAAGGACUGUCUCUCUCCUUCGUCGUCAUCUGGCUCAUUGGAGACAUCUUCAAUGUGCUCGGAGCCAUCCUCCAAAAGAUCAUCCCCACCAUGAUCAUCCUCGCCAUCUACUACACCCUGGCCGACAUUCUGCUGCUCUUGCAAUGUCUGGUGUACACACACAGAAACAAGAUGGUUGAUCUCAAGCACCUGUCUCCCGCCACACCUCUUCUUGAGGCCGAUCCCAGCCACGAUGCCGAGCCCCGUCCUGCUCCCGUGACCGAACCCGUGCCGCGAGCCAAGGUCAUCUUCUACCGUCUGCUGAUGGUGGCCACCGUCAUCGCUGCCGGCAUUCUGGGCUACGUCUUCUCGUCCAACAACCACAAGGACGGUAAGCCCGAGAAGCCCCACGACGAUCCUUUGGAGAUGAACAUGCUGGGUCAGUUUUUCGGCUGGCUAUGUGCUGCCUUCUACCUGGGCUCUCGGGUGCCUCAGAUUGUGCUCAACUACGAGCGAAAGUCGUGCGAGGGUAUCUCCUUCAUGUUCUUCCUGUUUGCCUGUCUCGGCAACCUCACUGCUGUGGCUUCCAUUUUGCUCAAAGAUACCAGCCGGCAGUAUCUCAUCAUCAACGCCUCGUGGCUGCUUGGAGCCAUUGGCACUCUGUUCCUUGACUUUGUCAUUUUCUGUCAGUUUUGGAUUUACGGAGAGUAG